CUAAAUCACUCUCAAUUCACCAGCCCAAACCGCGAAAUACGACCGAAAGAUGGAUUUAGUAGGAGGUGAAUCGCCGUGGGGUGAUGUUCCCUCCCAGUCCACACCUACCGAAAACCAAGAAUCUUCUGCUACGGCCAACGAUUCUGAACAACCCGCCCAAACAACCUUAACCACCCGCCGAUCUCCACCAGCCAGAGGACCCCGAACACCUCGCAAAAUAAACGCGCAAGCGACGAGGCUGGAAGUGGUCGAUGACUCCCUUGAUCCUCUUGGGCCGCUGGGCGACAAGUCCUUUCCGUCCAUCCUGUCAUACCCGGACCAAGGCCCCACCCCACCCCGAAAGGAACCUUUCUCCAGCAGAAAUGUUCGUCCCCCUUCAUCUACAUCCCAGUCGUCCACUGGUGGUUUGAUGGACUCUGUGGACUUGGACGAUGACGGCCAGGCUGCGCGUGCGAGAAUAAAAGGCCCUCCACCGGUCCAGUCCCCAGUUGAUGCUCCGAAACGGCAGUCACAGCCAAGCAUGCCUGUUGAGCAGGCGGCGAAGCCGUCGUUCGAGAUUACAGUUGGUGAUCCUCAUAAAGUUGGGGAUAUUGCAAGCAGUCAUAUUGUGUAUCAAGUGAGGACGAAGACUACGUCUAAAGCCUAUCGGCAACCUGAAUUCACCGUCAGCCGACGGUACCGAGAUUUCCUAUGGCUAUACAACUCCCUGCAUGGCAAUAAUCCGGGGGUUGUGGUUCCUCCGCCUCCGGAAAAACAGGCAGUUGGCCGUUUUGAUACGAACUUUGUUGAAUCACGAAGAGCCGCAUUAGAGCGUAUGCUUAACAAAAUUGCCGCGCACCACAUACUGCAACACGAUGGAGAUCUCAAGAUCUUUCUCGAAAGCGACACUUUCAACCUUGAUGUUAAGAAUAAAGAGAAUCGCGAACCGGAUAUAGGCCAAAAUAAGGGCAUGUUGAGCUCGUUAGGCAUAUCUGUUGGAGGACCGGGCAAAUUUGUUGAACAUGAUGACUGGUUUCACGAUCGCAAAGUAUACCUUGACGCCCUUGAGAAUCAGCUGAAGGGGUUGCUAAAGGCCAUUGAUACAGUGGUUGCGCAACGAAAAGGUCUUGCGGAAGCUGCCAAUGACUUCUCAGCAUCACUCCAUUCCCUCGCGACGGUCGAACUUUCUCCAACGCUUUCUGGCCCGCUGGAAGGGCUAUCAGACCUGCAGCUACGAAUAAAGGAGCUCUACGAGCGCCAGGCUCAACAGGAUAUUUUGACCUUAGGGAUUACGGUUGAUGAGUAUAUCCGUUUAAUUGGAAGUGUCAAGAUGGCAUUUUCUCAGCGACAAAAAUCUUUCCACAAUUGGCAUGCAGCUGAAUCCGAACUUCAAAAGAGGAAAAACUCUCAGGACAAACUACUUAGACAGGGCAAAUCUCAGCAGGAUAGGCUGAACCAAGCUGCUGCGGACGUGGCGGAUGCGGAACGAAAGGUACACCAGACCCGACUUUUGUUCGAAGACAUGGGCAGAGUUAUGCGGAAUGAGCUGGAGAAAUUUGAGAAGGAGAAGGUGGAGGACUUUAAAUCUGGCGUUGAAACGUUUUUGGAGAGCGCGGUUGAGGCUCAGAAAGAGUUGAUUGAGCUUUGGGAGACCUUCCUCCUGCAACUUGACACUGACGACGACACCAAUCCCUACAACAGCAAACCUGCCCCCGCGGCACCAGAAGUGACGACAGGCGCUUCUGAUGGUGGACAAGAUGCACAGCCUGUUACUACAGAACAGGAGUCAUGAAUACCAGUAUCUCGAUUCCUCUGCUUGUUUUCUUCUAUCUCUCUCUUGUGUGUCCAACAAGUGUAUAGCAGAAGUAAAUUUGACGACCUUCAAAGACAUAAAUUAUCUAAUGGUUACUC